AUGCCCUGCGCCACGGGUUAUCCAUGGCCCUUUUGCGGCGAGAGCAAUAACUUCAAGGCCAACAGCUCCUAUCAGUCCCAUCUCAGCCUCGUCGCCGCCUCCCUGCCCAAGAACGCCUCCACGUCCCCGAACCUCUUCGCCACCGCCGUCGUCGGCACCAUCCCAGAGCAGCUCUGGGCUAUGGGGCUCUGCCGCGGCGACGUCGAUGCCACGGCCUGCUUCAACUGCCUCACCCAGGCCUUCCGAGACCUACCGAACGACUGCUCGUACAACAAGGACGCCACCAUCUACUACAAUCCCUGCAUGCUCCACUACUCCAACGACCAAUUACUCCCAGAAGACGACGACUCCGGAGGUCUGUACACCAUCACCACCACAGGAAAUGUCACUUCGGACCCCGUCCGGUUCAACCGUCUCGUGGCCGCGCUCGUGAAUGCCACCGCCGACUACGCCGCAUACAACUCCACGCGGCGGUUCGCCACGGGCGAGACCAGCGCCGACUUCGACUCGGAGUUCCCCAAAGUGUACAGUCUAGCGCAGUGCACGCCCGACCUGAAGGCGGCGCAGUGCCGAAAGUGCCUUGCGGCGAUCAUAUCGCAAACGCUGGACGAUUUCCAGAACCUUAUCGGAGGCCGGGCGCUUUGGAUCAACUGCACCUACCGGUACGAGGCCGCGCCCUUUUUCAAUGGACCGGCGAUGGUGCAGAUAGCAGCACCGAGCUCUGUACCCGUGCCGGCGGCGGCGCCCACGUUGGCGCCAGCUAUCCAGCCAUCGUAUGGGACGCCGGCGGCGGUGGCCGGCGUAGGGGGGCGGAAGUACAGUUUGCCCAACGUGGUUGUUGCAGUCGUGCUGGCUACAGCAACAGCCUUGAACCUUGUAGUUUGCCUCUGUUUCUGGCGGCGGCGGCGGCGGCGGCGACCAACAGCACAGGCGAAGCAGCCAUAUCCCAAGUACUCCACCGAAGCAGAGGACAUGGAAAUGGUGGACUCCAUGAUGAUCGACGUCUCUACCCUACGAGCUGCCACCGAUGAUUUUGACGAGAGCAACAAGCUCGGCGAAGGUGGUUUCGGCGCUGUGUACAAGGGCGUCCUCCCGGACGGUGACGAGAUAGCUGUGAAGCGGUUAUCGCAGUGCUCGACUCAGGGAAUCGAGGAGCUGAAGAACGAGCUCGCGCUGGUAGCCAAGCUGAAGCACAAAAACGUCGUCAGGCUCGUCGGCAUCUGCUUGGAGCAGCAGGAGCGCCUACUUGUCUACGAGUUCGUCCCCAACCGUAGCCUAGACCUGAUCCUUUUCGAUACUGAGAAACGUGAGCAGCUUAGCUGGGAGCAGAGGUACAAGAUCAUAAACGGCAUCGCCCGAGGCCUGCAGUACCUCCAUGAGGAUUCCCAGCUCAAAGUAGUCCACCGUGAUCUCAAGGCCAGCAACAUCCUGCUGGACGCAAACAUGAACCCCAAGAUUUCGGACUUCGGCCUCGCGAGGAUCUUCGGGCGGGACCAGACGCAGGCCGUCACGGACCGCGUCCUUGGCACCUAUGGAUACAUGGCGCCGGAGUACUUGAUGCGUGGGAACUACUCCACCAAAUCAGAUGCUUUUAGUUUCGGCGUCAUGGUGAUGGAGAUCAUCACGGGGAGGAAGAACGGCUGCUGCAACUCUGGGAUGUCUGAUGAUCUCCUCGGCACCGUAUGGGAGCACUGGGAUGCCGGGACGGCGAUGGAGACGGUGGACCCGUGCAUGGCCGCCGGCAGCUUCUCUGAAGGCGACGUGCUGAGAUGCAUCCACAUAGGGCUCUUGUGCGUGCAGCCAGACCCGGUUGCCCGGGCGGUUAUGUCGUCGGUUCUCAUGAUGCUCGGGAGCGAUAUUAUCACUCUCCAGGCCCCGUCUAAGCCGAUGUUGUUUGCCAGGAACACAGCAGGCAACACGACCUUGUCGACGGUGUCGUUGCAGGGUUAG